AUGGCUGAAGACAUCAAAUCCUGUGAGUCUUGUUCACUAACCGUGAUUCUGAGUUGGACGUUGACUUGCGUAGCCGGGAAAUACGGGCACGACUCGCCCGUCACCACCCUUGUUGUCUCCUCAGACGGGCAGUGUGUUGCGACAGCCUCCACAGACUCUACCAUCAUCGUGUGGGAUGCACGAGAGGCAUGUAUCUUGCAAGAAUGGUUCACCUGCCACGGGGAGGUCUGGGAUCUCGCGUUCUCACCAGACAGCCGACACCUCGCGUCUGCAGGUGAAGAUGGGAAGGUCGCGAUCUGGGACAUCAGCGGCAGCCCACGCCAAGUCGCCAACCUCGAAGGUCACCCGAGUGUCGUCAAAGGCUGCACGUGGUCGAGCGACGGUGCCUACAUUGCAUCCCGAGACAGCGACAACGGUGUACGACUCUGGGAUGGACGAACGUUCCAGCCGCUACCUCUGACCGGGAAACCCGGGCAUGACUCGCCCAUCACCACCCUCGUUGUCUCCCCAGACGGGCGGUUUGUAGCAACAGCCUCCAUGGAUUCCACCAUCAUCCUCUGGGAUGCCCGAGAUGCGUAUAUCUCGCAAGAAUGGUUCUCUCGCCAUGGGGAGGUCUGGUGUUUCGCAUUCUCUCCGGAUGGCCGACACCUCGCGUCUGGAGGUGAAGAUGGGAAGGUGGCGAUCUGGGACAUCAGCCGCAGCUUACACCAGGUCGCCGUCCUCGAGAGUCAC